UUUAUUCUUUUUCUGCCACGGCUUUUCCUCUUCCUCCAUUUUCUUCUUCUUUUUCUAUAGCUUCUUUCUUUUUGUUUUUCCUUUUUUUAGAUCCAAGACAUCUGCAUUUAAUACUUCCCCUCUCUUAUUGAAGAAAAAAAAAAUUGUGGAUGAGGAAAGCGUUAUCGAGCGUGACAUUACGGAGCUGAAAGGCGCGUGAUUUGUGAUUGUUUGAUGGGCAAUACAUGCCGUGGAUCUAUCGGAGGCAAAACUUUUCAGGGCUACGCUCAGCCCGAAGAUAGUUCUAACUCCAAUUCCAAUCGCGAACCUUCAUCUGCCCAUUCUUAUUCUUCCUCUGACAAUUUCUCACCUUCUAAUCACAAAAAGGAACAAAAAUCAUUAUCUCUCGUCAGCCCUAGAAAAGCAAGUAUGAAUCGUACGGGCAGUAAUCAAGCUUAUUACGUUAUGGGGCAUAAAACCCUUAAUAUUCGUGAUUUUUAUACUUUGGGUCGUAAAUUAGGACAAGGUCAAUUUGGUACAACUUAUUUAUGCACUGAAAAUUCUACGGGAAAUGAAUAUGCUUGUAAAUCUAUUUCGAAGCGAAAGUUGAUUUCGAAAGAGGAUGUUGAGGAUGUUAGGAGAGAAAUUCAAAUAAUGCACCAUUUAGCUGGUCAUAAAAAUAUUGUUACAAUUAAAGGAGCUUAUGAGGAUCCGUUAUAUGUUCAUAUUGUAAUGGAGCUAUGUAAUGGUGGCGAAUUGUUUGAUCGAAUUAUUCAACGUGGACAUUAUAGUGAGAGAAAGGCAGCUGAAUUGACUAGAAUUGUUGUCGGGGUUGUAGAGGCGUGCCAUUCGCUUGGUGUUAUGCAUAUAGAUCUUAAACCUGAGAAUUUCUUGUUGGUUAAUAAGGAUGACGAUUUCUCUCUUAAGGCCAUUGAUUUUGGACUCUCUGUUUUCUUUAAACCAGGCCAAAUAUUUAAGGAUGUUGUUGGUAGUCCAUAUUACGUGGCUCCUGAGGUGCUUUUGAAGCAUUAUGGUCCUGAAGCAGAUGUGUGGACAGCAGGGGUCAUACUAUACAUACUGCUAAGUGGUGUUCCACCAUUUUGGGCUGAAACGCAGCAGGGGAUAUUUGACGCAGUUCUGAAAGGGCACAUUGAUUUUGAAUCAGACCCUUGGCCGUUGAUAUCUGAGAGCGCAAAAGAUCUUAUCCGGAAGAUGUUGUGCAUGCAGCCAUCGGAGCGGUUAACUGCUCAUGAAGUAUUGUGUCAUCCUUGGAUUUGCGAAAAUGGUGUCGCUCCUGAUAGAGCACUGGAUCCUGCAGUACUUUCUCGCCUUAAACAGUUCUCUGCUAUGAACAAGUUAAAAAAGAUGGCUUUGCGGGUGAUUGCUGAAAGCUUGUCAGAAGAAGAGAUUGCUGGUCUGAGAGAGAUGUUUAAGGCCAUGGAUACAGAUAAUAGUGGUGCAAUUACAUUUGAUGAACUAAAAGCUGGGUUGAGAAAGUAUGGCUCUACAUUAAAGGAUACAGAGAUACGGGAACUUAUGGAUGCGGCUGAUGUGGACAAUAGUGGGACUAUUGACUACGGAGAAUUCAUUGCGGCAACUGUUCAUCUUAAUAAAUUGGAGCGCGAGGAACAUCUCAUG